GGAGACGGUAAGUGUGGGCUGGGGUCCGCGGCGCCGACAGCGGCGGCGGCGGCCGGGGGUGAGUCGGCGGGGCAGGCGCGCUGGUGCCAUUCGGUCUCGGCCUACUCCCUUUCUUUCUCCUCUUCGGCCCAUAUCGGGCCGCGGCCCCGACCUCUCACCCCUGACCCGCUGCUUCUGCCCCGGAGGGCGGUCACUGCAGACCCUGACCUCGAUCCCACGGUGUUGAAGGCGGAGCCUGAACGGCCUCUGGGGCCGCUGAAGGGUCCAGUUUGGGCUCUGUGCCUGCCCGCGGAAUGGGGUCGGGGUCCGACGUAGAAGAGCCAGAGAGGCCCUUCAGACCCCUCCCCUACCCCUGGCUUCAGGCUUGGUCCGCAGACGACUCCUCCCUUGGCGGCCUGGAGUUUGAUUCUGGACCAGUCCGGCUUUCCCUCUGUCCCCCGGUCUCCCCUCGGCGCCACUGGUGGCGGUUACAGGGGAUGGGACUCUGAGACCCCCUGGGACCUGGGGCGGCAGGAAGGGACGCGAACGAGGGCGCAGGCCCCCCUGUGUGUUUUGUUGUGAUGAUAGAGCCACUCCAGCCCGGAGGAUGGGCUAGGCCAAGCUGACAGUUCAAAUCCCCUGGCUGCUCAUCCGUCCCGCCCGGGAGUCUCUAGCUUUAGUUCCGGGUGUGAGUGCCCUGAUGUGGAGCUGGGGUGGAAAUUGCCUGAACCAGGCCCCCAUCAGAGGCGGAGUUGGCGGCCUUCCAGCUUCCCUUCUUGAUGCCCUUGAAAAGGAGGAGCGUUUCACCGUUGGUGGUGGAGGCUUGCGAGGUGGCAGGUUUGAGGUUGCAGUGGUAGGGCAGUCCAGCCAAAAAUAACCAUGGGUGCUGGGGUGGCUGGAAUCUGGGAGGGCAGCCGCUGACCUGGCUGGCUGCACUUCUAGUCAGCCCAGUUCUCUGGCCAGGAACAGCAAAUGAGAAGCCGACAAGGCCUGUGCUCGAAGUUGACAUCCUUGGCUUGGUUUCCUUCAUAUCACCUUUUUCCUCAUUGUGCAGAGCAGAGCUUCCCAAAGCAUAAUUGUGGCCUUUAGCUGCUUUUUAAACAAGCUGUUUGCUGAGGUUUUCGAGACUCAGAGAUAAUUGAGAAAUGGGCCCUAGAGCCCUGGCUGGGAGGAUGAUAUCUGCUAUUUCCAAUAUUUUAUUUGCCUAGAAUGUGUUAAAGGAAGGAUACUCUUCUCUGUUAUUGCUUUAUGUGUGGUACCUUAUAACUCUCAUGCUUGUCAUCUCUUUUGCCAGGCUGGGAGAUGUUACCUCCAUUUUCCAGGCAUGCUAACCAAGGCCUAGAGUGACUUGUCUAAGGUCAUGAGGCUGAUGCAUCACUGUAAGCGAUACCGCUCCCCUGAACCAGACCCGUACCUGAGCUACCGAUGGAAGAGGAGGAGGUCCUACAGUCGGGAACAUGAAGGGAGACUGCGAUACCCGUCCCGAAGGGAGCCUCCCCCACGGAGAUCUCGGUCCAGAAGCCAUGACCGCCUGCCCUACCAGAGGAGGUACCGGGAGCGCCGUGACAGCGAUACAUACCGGUGUGAAGAGCGGAGCCCAUCCUUUGGAGAGGACUACUAUGGAUCUUCACGUUCUCGUCAUCGUCGGCGAUCGCGGGAGAGGGGGCCAUACCGGACCCGCAAGCAUGCCCACCACUGCCACAAACGCCGCACCAGGUCUUGUAGCAGCGCCUCCUCGAGAAGCCAACAGAGCAGUAAGCGCAGCAGCCGGAGUGUGGAAGAUGACAAGGAGGGUCACCUGGUGUGCCGGAUCGGCGAUUGGCUCCAAGAGCGAUAUGAGAUUGUGGGGAACCUGGGUGAAGGCACCUUUGGCAAGGUGGUGGAGUGCUUGGACCAUGCCAGAGGGAAGUCUCAGGUUGCCCUGAAGAUCAUCCGCAACGUGGGCAAGUACCGGGAGGCUGCCCGGCUAGAAAUCAACGUGCUCAAAAAAAUCAAGGAGAAGGACAAAGAAAACAAGUUCCUGUGCGUCUUGAUGUCUGACUGGUUCAACUUCCACGGUCACAUGUGCAUCGCCUUUGAGCUCCUGGGCAAGAACACCUUUGAGUUCCUGAAGGAGAAUAACUUCCAGCCUUACCCCCUACCACAUGUCCGGCACAUGGCCUACCAGCUCUGCCACGCCCUUAGAUUUCUGCAUGAGAAUCAGCUGACCCAUACAGACUUGAAACCAGAGAACAUCCUGUUUGUGAAUUCUGAGUUUGAAACCCUCUACAAUGAGCACAAGAGCUGUGAGGAGAAGUCAGUGAAGAACACCAGCAUCCGAGUGGCUGACUUUGGCAGUGCCACAUUUGACCAUGAGCACCACACAACCAUUGUGGCCACCCGUCACUAUCGCCCGCCUGAGGUGAUCCUUGAGCUCGGCUGGGCACAGCCCUGUGAUGUCUGGAGUAUUGGCUGCAUUCUCUUUGAGUACUACCGGGGCUUCACACUCUUCCAGACCCACGAAAACCGAGAGCACCUGGUGAUGAUGGAGAAGAUCCUAGGGCCCAUCCCAUCACACAUGAUCCACCGUACCAGGAAGCAGAAAUAUUUCUACAAAGGGGGCCUAGUUUGGGAUGAGAACAGCUCUGACGGCCGGUAUGUGAAGGAGAACUGCAAACCUCUGAAGAGUUACAUGCUCCAAGACUCCCUGGAGCACGUGCAGCUGUUUGACCUGAUGAGGAGGAUGUUAGAAUUUGACCCUGCCCAGCGCAUCACACUGGCCGAGGCCCUGCUGCACCCCUUCUUUGCUGGCCUGACCCCUGAGGAGCGGUCCUUCCACACCAGCCGCAACCCAAGCAGAUGACAGGCACAGGCCACCGCAUGAGGAGAUGGAGGGCGGGACUGGGCCGCCCAGCCCCUUGACUCCAGCCUCGACCACCAGGCCCCAGGCCAGAGCCACCCAAUGAACAGUGCAAUGUGAAGGAAGGCAGGAGCCUGCAGGGGAGCAGACUUGGUGCCCAGCUGCCAGAAAGCACAGAUUUGACCCAAGCUAUUUAUAUGUUGUAAAGUUAUAAUAAAGUGUUUCUUACUGUUUGUAACCCCUGGUACCAGUGUGUCCAUCUCCAGGCUCCUUGCCUUCCCCUUACCUGACCUUAUUAAUAAAGUCUUUCUUAGCAGUUCA